AUUUGAUCACUUUGGUUUGAGAAUCGGAAUUCAGUGCUUGAAAUUGUAUGUCGGUGACACGCACACAUACUUUUAUUACACUAUAUUACACAGAUAAAAUAAGCAACUGAAACGUAAGGAAGAGCUGCAAGGAUGUUUUAUUUCUAGAAUUUUGAGUUCGUCUCCUUUUUAGCAAAAAUGGGAUGUGGAGCAAGUUCAGUUAAUCUGUGGGAUAAGGUAUCACCAUUAAAAGUCUUAAUAACAGAAGCUGCAAGUCAAGUUGCCUAUUUAUUGGUGCUUGCUAUUGCAAAGGGAGAUGUGUUUGGUCAAGACAAGCCAAUCAGCCUUUUUCUCAUGGACAUUCCGUCCACAAUGGAUGUUGUAAAAGGUGUUGUUCUUGAGCUGUUGGAUUGCGUUCUGCCACUACUUAAGAGAAUAACAGCAACAUCCGAUGCGUCUGUGGCCUUUAAGGACAUUGACUUUGCUCUACUUGUUUGUGACAGGCCCUUCAGAGCAGGUUUGGGAAGGAAAGACCUGAUAUACAUUAAUGUUCCUAUCUUUAUGGAGCAUGGCGCUGCUCUUAACCAUUAUUCCAAGAAACGUGUCAAGGUUGUUGUUGUUGGAACUGUAGCCAACACCAUGGCAUGGGUUACAUCCAAAUAUGCACCUUCCAUUCCCAAGCAGAAUUUCUCUUCUGUAACAAGACUGGGUCAGAACAGAGCUCAGUCAUUGAUUGCCAGACAUCUUCGCAUACCACCCACUGCUGUAACAAAAGUAAUCAUAUGGGGAAACAACUCCACAACACAGUUUCCAGACGUCCGACUUGCAAAAGCAGUUAUCAAUGGUCGGUUGGUUGAAGUUCCACGUGCCUUAGAUGCCAGUUAUCUCAAACAGGACUUUAUUACGAAUGUCCAGCAACGGACACAAGAAAUACUACAGUUAAGAAAACUGACAAGUGCACUGUCUGUUGCUAAUGCAACGUGUGACCACAUGCGGGACUGGUAUUUUGGGACAGGGGAUUCCUGGGUCUCCAUGGCGGUCAUUUCGGACAACAAUCCAUAUGGUGUCCCUGAUGACAUAGUAUACAGUUUUCCUCUAGUGAUAAAAGAUGGAAGAUGGCAGUUUGUUGAUGUGAAAAACAUUACAGAAUUUCAAGAUGAACACAUGCUUGCAUCUACCCACGAACUUAUGAAGGAGAAAAAAGUGGCACUGGCAGCCUUUACACAUGACCAUAUUCCGAGUGAUGACACUUGAAGAACUGCAUUCUUUUAGGUCAAACAGUGGCAGAUGUGCUUGGGUUAUUUUUCCAAUAAUUGGAAAAAGGAACAAAUUGGAGAUGAAAACUUGUAGAAUUCCAGAUUUUAGUGCCACCCAAAAGCUCUCUUAUACUUUCAGGAAACGUUUUUCACCUUUGGACACUUCAGAACAAAGAGUUUCGGUACAUUUGACCAUGUGCACCCUUACAACAGUGAAGCCUUCCUGUAUGUUGGUUAUGUCUUAUUUGGUUUUUGGUCAUUUCAGUGUGAACAUUUUUAACCAACUGGCCUUAGUAGUCAUGCAGAAUUUAAUGACGACACCUGGGGUUUAAGAGCAUUGGUUACUCUCAAGUGUGUGAAAGCUGCUAUUUGCUGUUCAAUUAACCAAAUUAUUACUUACAUAAAGCAAAUACUUCACAAAUCCUGUAAUCAUGUCAGCAAAGUACUUAAAUGUUUCGCGUUAUUAAAAAUAUUUUUCUCA